AGUGAGUCAUACCGCCGCUAAUAAAGGCGGAGUAGUGCUUGCGUCUGUCCGUGGUGGUCCCGCCCUUCCCGAGUAGAUCCUGCUGCUCUCCCACUGCCAAGAGUCCUAGGCGCUCCCCACACCUCCCGCCUGAGACCAGGUGCUAGGAGUCACCUGAAGCCGGACAGCCUCUGAGGUCAAGUGAUCAAUGCCUCAGACAGAUAAGCAAGUAUGCAUCCCACCGGAGCUGCCCGAACUGCUGAAGCAGUUUACCAAAGCUGCCAUUCGGACCCAGCCUCCGGAUCUCAUCCAAUGGGCGGCUGAGUAUUUCGGGGCCAUGUCCCGUGGAGAGAUUCCUCCAGUGAGAGAGAGGUCCGAGCAAGUCACUUUGUCCAACUGGGCUGAGCUGACUCCUGAGCUGUUGAAGGUCCUGCAUUCUCGGGUUGCCGGCAGGCUGAUCAUCCACGCAGAUGAGCUGGCCCAGAUGUGGAAGGCGCUGAAUCUCCCAACUGAUCUGUUUAACAGUGUGAUGAACGUGGGUCGCUUCACAGAGGAGAUCGAGUGGCUGAAGUUUUUAGCCCUUGCUUGUAGCUCUCUUGGAGUUACCAUUGCCAAAACUCUCAAGAUAGUGUGUGAAGUUUUGUCCUGUGACCACGAUGGAGGACCACCUCGAAUUCCUUUCAGCACCUUCCAGUUUCUCUACACUUACAUCGCUGAAGUGGAUGGGGAGAUCUCUUCAUCCCACGUCAGUAGGAUGCUCAACUACAUUGAACAGGAAGUAAUUGGUCCUGAUGGCUUAAUCAAGGUGAAUGACUUUACUCAAAACCCUAGGGUUCGCCUGGAAUAAAAGCACAGUUCUGGUGGUUUUAAAGGAACAUACAGAGGUAUACUUCAUAUACCACCCAAAAUCAAUUUUCUUUUACAGCUGGCACAACUAAUAAACAAUUAGCCAGGAA